UUUCCCAAAAGAAACAAACAAAUGGAGGCGGUUUCUCCGAUCAACGGCUGCUCCGGCGACACCGCUGGAAGAGUCAUCAUCUGCAAAGCCGCCGUGGCUUGGGGUCCGGGGGAGCCGCUCGUCAUCGAACAAGUCCGGGUCGACCCGCCACAGAAAACGGAGGUCCGAGUCAAAAUCCUCUUCACUUCCAUUUGUCACACGGAUCUCAGCGCUUGGAAAGGAGAGAAUGAAUCCCAAAGGGCUUACCCUCGUAUAUUCGGCCAUGAAGCUGCCGGAAUUGUGGAGAGUGUGGGGGAGGGCGUGACGGAGGUGGCGGCCGGAGAUCACGUGAUUCCGCUAUUCCACGGGGAGUGUGGCACGUGCCGGUGUUGCAAGAACCCGAAAACGAACGCUUGCGAGGUUAUGGGAGUGAAUCCGAUGAAAAGAACGAUGACCCACGACGGUAAAACCCGGUUCACCACGGCGGACGAGCGGCGGCUGCCGAUUUUUCACUUCCUAAAUACGUCCACUUUCAGCGAGUUCACGGUGUUGGAAUCCGCCUGUGUCGUUAAGAUUGACUCCGAAGCUCCCAUGAAGAAGAUGACCUUGCUAAGCUGUGGCCUUUCUACUGGAGUGGGAGCGGCAUGGAAUACGGUGAACGUGGAAGCUGGCUCGACGGUGGCGAUUUUUGGAUUGGGAGCAGUAGGACUUGCGGUGGCUGAAGGAGCACGAGCCCGUGGUGCUUCUAAAAUCAUCGGCGUCGAUAUCAACCCACUCAAGUCUAUCGUUGGAAAGCAAUUCGGAAUCACCGACUUUAUAAACCCUAGAGACUCCGACAACCCUGUUCAUGAGAUAAUUAUAGAAAAAACAGACGGAGGUGUGGAUUACAGCUUUGAAUGUGUCGGGAAUGGAGAGAUUUUGCGCACGGCCUUCUUGUCUACUCACAUUGGAUGGGGAACGACGGUGAUGUUGGGAGUUCAUACAAGCCCAAAAAUGCUACCACUUCAUCCCAUGGAGCUGUUCAGUGGGCGUAAGGUGGUGGCUUCCGUUUUUGGAGGGUUCAAAGGCAGGACUCACAUGCCUCACUUUGCUAAGCAAUGCAUCAAAGGGGUGGUCAAAUUGGAUGAAUUCAUAACACAUCAACUUCCCUUUCACCAGAUAAACGACGCGUUUCAGCUACUUAUCGAUGGAAAAUCUCUACGAUGUGUUUUGCAAUUUUAAGCUAUGUCGUGAUGUAUUUUUUUAAUUUGAAACGCGAUCGCUUUAUAAUUUGCUCUUAUGGAUCUCUUUAGACAUAUACCGCUGAUAAUAUUCAAUAAA